AUGGCGAUACUCGAUCGAUUUCGUGGGCAUUCACAUGCCUCGCCUGCUUCCUCCACGAUGAUGGACCAGGAUCCAGAGAAGAAGCCGCAAAUGUUGAAGGGCGGUGUCAAAGAAAUCUUCCGAAUGCGCAUUAUUGCCAUGGCAAUUAUUGUGUCGAUGGGUGGUUUCAUCUUCGGAUACGACACUGGUCAAAUCUCUGGGUUCUUGGAGAUGCCCGAUUUCUUGAACAAAUUCGCGGAUCAGACGGACCCUGAAACAGGCGAGCGCGCUUUCAGCAACUGGAAGUCUGGCUUAAUCGUUGCACUGCUGUCUAUCGGUACCCUAAUGGGUGCUCUAAUCGCGGCCCCUAUCGCCGAUAAAUUCGGUCGCAAAUACUCCAUCGUCUUCUGGAACAUCAUCUUUUGCGUCGGAGUCAUCGUACAGAUUACUACAACGAACAUAUGGUACCAGAUCUCCCUUGGUCGUUGGGUUGCAGGCUUGGGUGUAGGAGCACUUUCGGUCCUUACGCCCAUGUACCAAUCCGAAACUGCACCUCGCUACGUCCGAGGUGCACUAGUGUCCUGUUACCAGCUCUUCAUCACCCUCGGUAUUUUCACGGCUUAUUGUAUCAACUACGGUACCAAGUCCGAUGGUAGCUCAGCAUCAUGGAAGAUUCCAAUGGGCGUUGGUUUCAUCUGGUCAGCACUCAUGAUAUUCGGAAUUCUCUUCAUGCAGGAAUCUCCACGAUGGGAAUACCGCAAGGGCAAGGUUGACUCGGCGAUACACACCAUCGCCAUUACGUACGGUGUCCCUCAGGAACACCCGGAGGUCCAGCGCGAAGUCCGGGAGAUCCAAGAGAAGUUGGAGGCCGAACAAGCGGGCGGAGGUCACCACCCUUGGUACGAGAUCUUUACAGGACCACGUAUGGCGUAUCGUGUGCUUCUUGGAGUCGGUCUGCAAGCCCUUCAGCAGCUCACGGGUGCUAACUAG